AGGUAAACCGAAGAAGAGCACUAGCGGAGCCACUCGGCUAACCUGAAGAUGUUAUUGAUCUCUGUGAGAGUGUAGAUGGAAGGAUCAUUUCUUAAAGAUCCACUUUGAUCCAAAAAGGAAUUUUUAAGAUGGCAAGCGACGAGGAAAGGGGGGUGGUUCGAGUCAAAGUAAAGAAAUGUGAUGGCUCACUUCCUAUGGAGUUUCGUUCCUUUGCUGUUGAUCCCCAAAUUACAUCAUUGGAGGUGUUGCAGCAUAUUCUAAUCAAAGCCUUUGAUUUGAAUGGUAGGAAGCGGAAUUUCGAGGUCAGUUACAUGUCUCGAGGCGUCAGCGUUGCAGAGAUGUACCUGUCUUUGGUGUCUGAUGGGGAUUUGGAUGCUGCGUUUGCUAGUGCAGCCAAACCAUAUCUACAGCUCAAAAUGGAUGUGAAACCUUCAGAAGACAGCCCUGUUAUGGAGGACUGGGACAUCAUAAGCCCCAAAGAUGUUAUUGGCUCUGAGCAGCUUUUUGCAGAAAGGACUAAAUCUUUGGCAUCUGCAGCACUUCCUUUCACCCAGUCUUUAAUGUCCCAGGUUGGUCGGACGCUAACGCGAGUUCAGCAGGCAUUCAGCUGGUCAUACGGGGAGGAAAUCAAGCCUUUUAAGCCCCCUCUAAGUGAUACAGAGUUUCAUAGUUACCUCAAUGGGCAAGGACAGCUGACACGACCAGAGGAACUAAGGCUACGAAUCUACCAUGGAGGUGUUGAGCCUUCCUUACGAAAGGUUGUCUGGAGAUACCUUCUCAAUGUGUACCCUGAUGGACUAAGUGGUCAGGAAAGAAUGGACUACAUGAAGCGAAAGACGAGAGAAUAUGACCAAUUGAAGAAGGAAUGGACGGCCCACGUCAGUCACGAGGAUCUUGAAUUUAUCCGGGGAAAUGUACUCAAAGACGUCUUAAGGACAGACCGUGCCCAUCCCUACUACGCAGGCUCAGAAGACAGUCCGCAUUUGACUGCUCUCACAGACUUGCUGACUACGUUCGCCAUCACACAUCCACAGAUCUCAUACUGUCAAGGAAUGAGUGAUAUUGCUUCCCCUAUCCUUGCUGUGAUGGACAAUGAAGCGCAUGCCUUCAUUUGCUUUUGUGGCAUUAUGAAACGCUUGGAGGGGAACUUCCGGCCUGAUGGACAGCUCAUGUCUAUUAAAUUCCAACAUCUCAAAUUACUUCUGCAGUACUCAGAUUACGAAUUCUACUCUUACCUGCUUUCCCGAGGAGCUGAUGACCUUUUCUUUUGUUACCGCUGGUUACUUCUGGAGCUCAAACGAGAAUUUGCCUUUGACGAUGCUUUACGGAUGCUAGAAGUGACUUGGAGUUCCCUCCCUCCUGACCCUCCUGAAACUGAAGUGGAGCUCCUUGGACCACCAGUACAGUCUGACAAAACACGUUUCAAAGACAGGGAAAGCGUCCUCGGGCGUGACUGGGAAAUAAAGGAGAAGCAGCGUCGACAGCAUAUGCUUCGACCAUCAAGAGAAGAACAUCAGGUCAGUUGGAAUACUGUCAGUGAAGACAAAACCGGACCUGGAAAUGAUAGAGCAAUUGUGGGCAAGGCAAGUUUGGUGACUCCUUCAAUCGAGGACAGUUUUGGCGAAUUUAAAUAUUAUACUGCCCAAAAUGAAGAUUCAUUGAAUAUUAAACAGCAACAGGGUUUGACUGAUGGUACAUCAUCACGUCAUCCAACUCGUCAGUCCACCACCGAUAGUGAGGAGGAUCUUGGAGAAAGAACGCCGCUUAUAAAAUGCAAAGAAUUUUCCCCAGAAUCUCCAAUUUCUAAGAAUGACACUGUAAAUCAUUCCUCUUCAGCCUUACCUUCCAGUUGGUCAACGGCGAUUCCUGACUCUCCACCGCAAACAUCAUUCAGUUUCACAAGCAGUGGAAGAGAGGCCUUAUCAAGAACUGUCCCAAAAGUAAUCACAUCUUCUGCGCAAUUGCUCAGAAGUACAGGGUUGAAUUUGACAAACCCCUCUGUAAAACAAUGUGCUACAUCUCACACGCAUACGAAUCGAUCUUUUCUCUCGUCACCAAUUUUGCCUUUUGGAAGAGGUCCUUCACAGUCUUCUCCUAUCAACAAACCCUCAAUCACCACUUCUACUAACAUGGACUGUUCCCCCAAAGUGGAGACCGCCAUCAAACCGUGUUCUCUCCCUCCUCCCCAAGAGUUCGGAAAAGGCAAUCCCUUCAUGCUAUUUUUGUGCCUGUCCAUCUUGCUGGAACACCGGGACCACAUCAUCAAGAACAGCCUGGAUUACAAUGAGCUCGCCAUGCACUUUGACCGCCUAGUGCGCCGCCACAACCUCAGCAGGAUCCUGCAGCGAGCAAAAGCCUUAUUUGCAGACUACUUGCAGAGUGAAGUGUGGGAAUCCGAGGAAGGGGACGAGGUUAGCUCUGAUUCGCCCACAUCAACCGCUGCUCAAUACUCCCCAUCUUUAACCAUCGCCGCUCGUCCUAUUUAUAGCCCUUUAUCAUCCCCUCAGACGACAACUCGGAACUCAACCUAUAACCUUGCGACGACCAUUCCCUCGCCAACAACUGAAGUUUCCCUUUCCCAUAUAUCGUGAUUUGCACAAGUGCGUGGACUAUUUUAGACAGGCUCCCAUGUUGAAUUGAACAUUAAAGUAUCUGGUUGCUUGACUACAUACAAUAUAUGAAUUAUUACCGUACUGAUCAUAACAUGUUUUACUUGGAGGUAUGGAAGAAAUGAAUAGAGCUUUUUGUUAGUGAUGCACUGAUACCAUUUUUUGGCUCACAUUACAGAUUCCCAGACCCGGGCUGUGUGAUAUUGGUCAAAGCUGAUAAUGGUCUGAUACCAUGUUUUUUGAAAAAAUGUUUUUAAAUAUGUUUGUUUUAAUAUUAAAUCACUGAACUUGACUGAAAAGUAAUCGCUACCAUGGUUUGUUUGGACACUGCUUAGCUCAUUGUCUGCCAUUAACAGUGCUAGAUGUCCAAUCUAUUUGAAUCAGGAGGGUUGACAGCGAAUGAACAAAUUUGCUGCUAUAUUUCCACUUCAAAUGGAUUGAACUGGUGGGAGGGUGCGUUUGAGCCAAAGGAAGAACAAAUUUUGAAGUCGUCUACCAUUGCCAACCCGAAUCUGUUUCAUCAUUGCUGGUGGCCAUCUUGGGUAGGGCGACCAGCUAUUGCAAACUAUACCUCUAAAUUAGUUAUUUAAUUAAAUAAGUUAUUUCUUGGUACUCCCCCAUACCGAUGACAUUAUUUUAGUGUCGUAUCGGUACCGAUACUGGUAUCAGUGCAACACUACUUUUCGCGCAUCCUUCGAAGUUGACGAUGCAUGCUGUACACCGAUAUUUUUCCCAUUUUUUUUAACAGUAUGACUGUAUAAUAUGUCCCAAAUAAUGCAACUCUUUGCUAGCUCCUUAACUCGUUAGGUGCCAUUGACGACAGAACGCAAUGGCUGCAAAUAUGUUAAUUCAUAUAACCCAUGUGGCCACCUUUAUUCAAUGAUAUGUAACUUGUAGUUAUAUCUAGACAGUCUUAAAGGGAAAGACACCACCUUUAUGUGAAACUGUUGUCCAAAGUAUUUGAGACUGUAAAUGUCAAAUUUCUUAGACCUCUGUCAAUGGAGAAAAUCAUGUUGUAAUUAACACCCAAAAAUGACACCGCUUAGUAGCACUUUUUAACGAGCAUUCUUGUGAUGUCAGUUAUACCCACACACAUUCUCAAGCGCAGGCGUGUGUUAUAAUGGGUAUUAAUGACAUCAUGAGGAAGGGCGGGCAAUCUGGGAUACUCCUGUUUAAUUGACCAAAAUAGAACCGGCAUUGAUAAGAUGGCUGCCGCCCCUUACGAUGGCUUUUCUUAAAAUUUUUCUCCGUGAUUAACCAUCAGAAUUCCCCCCCCCCCCCCCCCCCCAAUUUAUUCAACUAGAUUCUUUCCAUUUGAUGCACAUGAAAAGGUGAUGUCUGUCCUUUUAAGACACAUUUACCCGCCAGUCUCGUAAUAAACUAAUUUAGUUACUCUGAAAAUAACCAGAGACUGUAUAUAUGGAAUAGCCAUCCCUUCAUUUGCUAUUUGGAAAAAUAAAAACUGGUCAACUGCUAUCUUUUAACUGUCAUGUCAUCAACAGUGGCUUUGGUUGGGCUAUUUUUAAACUCCACCUUCCAAUGAUUCAUUAUUUCUAUUUUUAGCAACGGUGUUUGACAUUGUUUUCAGAAGACCAUGCACAUUAACGUGCAUACUUAUUUACCAAAAAGUGUCCAUGAUUUGUUUUUUCUCUGUGCUAUACAGAUAUGACAAUGCCUAAGUGGGUAUCUGAUGUUUUUUUUAUGGGUAUUUUACUUUAUAAGAUAACAAAGACAAGUAUUUCUUGCAUUUCAAGACGAAAGUCCAUGGCCAGUUGCAGACAGAGGCUGUCAGUUUUGCUCCUUUAGCUUCAUUUUCUCGAACAUUGGAAACUAUAUAAUACAUAUUGUUUAUGGCCCAGUCACUAUUUCAAGAAAUGAAAACAUUUUGCACUUUUUUUUCCUGUUUAGUUGAACAAAAGAGCAUGUGUCUCGUUUUGUAUAAUUUUUUAUGUUGCCUUUUGAAAGCUUCCAUAGCUGCCAGUGACAUUACAGCCAAUGUUUUUGAUAUUGUUGCUUCUGUGAGCUUUAUCAAGUGUAAUAGCAUGUGAUGCUGCAUUAUUAGCGAAGUGCCUCAUUCUUGGGAAUCAGAAACGUUCAAGUUUGUGUAUUUUCAUUUGUGCUAAAAAUAUCUUUUGCUAUGCUGUAGACACAACUGCCCUUUCACUUGAUUUCAUGAACAGUACACGUGUGUUUCAGCAGGAUUUAAGGCCACAGGUUAGUGCCAUGAACAAAUGAGUGGACUUAAAUUUUAAUGUCAAAUGUUGUUUGGCCCUGUUUGUUUACAUGUGAAUUGAGACUGAAUAAAAAAAUCUCAACUAUCUGAAAACAACUUGUUAAAGGGUUGUAAGCCAUUGUGGUUAUCUGACAAUAUUGAUCUUCAACAAAGAAGAACGUGUCACGUGCUGUUGUAUCGGGUCUAUAAUAUUGCUUGCAUUUACAUGUAAACGUGAGGGAAGAAUGACCCUUUUAGGCAUCACUUCUAAUUCUGUUGAUUGUAUGCUAGUUUUGUCCCUGUUUUUUAGUUCUGGAACCUGAAGCACAAAUGUCACAUGAUACUAUAUGAUGAAAUUAUGGCGUAUUCAUAAACAUUUCAAAAUAUUUACACAACCUUAACUCAUUGGCGGCCACUGAGGGUGAUUGAAGUCCAAUCCAUUUGAAGUGGGAGGAUUGGUAACGAAUUAACAAAAAUUCACUUGUUGCCAACCUCCCUGUUCAAAUGGAUUGAACAUCUACUCGUGAUGAACUCAUUUCAAUUCACAGCGGAAGGAUGAUUGGACGUCUAUUAUCGUCAGUGGCACUGAGCCAAAGGGCCUUUUUAUGACAACCAUUGCGCUACUUGUACCAAGUCAUAAUUCAGAAGUGUGUUGUUUUGUAACAUUUUUUAAUUUUGAGAGGCCUUUAUUAUGUUGUCUGAUUUUUAAGUAUUUCGUGGGACAUUGUUUUACACUUUUGCUCUUGCCUUCCAACCCUCCAUGUAGGAAUAUUAUAAUAUUUGACAAUUAAAAGUACAUGACUGGACUGUGAACGAGAUCCAGUACAUGUGCAAUUGUUUAAAAAUAAAAUAUCAGUGUAAAAUUGCAAAGCAGUUACACUUUUUAAUCAUAUGAUUGUAUAAUGGGCACGAAUAAAUCUUC